UCCCAAAGUCUCAUCCAAAGACACCCCCAAAAUCAAUUCUUUUUCUGUGAAAGCAGAACUAGCAAAACCCUCUUCAAUGGCGACAAUGUCAGUAAUCUCAGCUUCAAAAUCAUUCCUUUACCAUCAAAACAAACUCAUCCUCUUCUCAAUCUUCAAACAUCCAAAACCCACUUUUUCAAUCCCCUCAAAACCCUCUAAAAAUCUCACCUUUUUCACCCCCACCACAAGAUGCAUUCAUUCAGCUCAACAAUCUCUUGAAACCAAAAAUCAAGACAUGGGUUUGGCUCAAAGACCUAAUAUCGUCAACAUACUGGAAGAAAGAGGGCUGCUUGAAUCAAUUACUAGUGAGAAUUUAAGGUUAGUUUGUUCUUCAAAUUCAUCAAACCCUAUGAAAGCUUAUUGUGGUUUUGAUCCAACUGCUGAUAGUUUACAUUUAGGUAAUUUGAUUGGGAUAAUUGUAUUAUCAUGGUUUCAAAGAUGUGGUCAUAAUGCUGUUGCUGUUAUUGGUGGUGCUACUGCUAGAGUUGGUGACCCUUCUGGUAAAAAUAUUGAAAGACCUGAAUUAGAUGUUCAAACCCUAGAGAAUAACACAUUAGGGAUUGUCCAAACAAUUAGUACUAUUCUAGGUAGAAAUGGUAACCCCAACUCUGGGGGUUUGAUGAUUUUGAAUAAUUUUGAUUGGUGGAAAGAGGUUAAGUUGUUGGAUUUUUUGCGCGAUGUUGGGCGGUAUGCGAGAGUUGGUACAAUGAUGGCGAAGGAUAGUGUGAAAACCAGGUUAGAAUCGGAGCAAGGAUUGAGUUAUACUGAGUUUACUUAUCAGUUGUUGCAAGGGUAUGAUUUCUUGCAUUUGUUUCGUAAUGAAGGGAUUAAUGUUCAAAUAGGAGGAAGUGAUCAAUGGGGGAACAUAACUGCGGGUACAGAAUUGAUACGGAAGAUUCUUCAAGUAGAGGGUGCGUACGGUUUAACGUUUCCUCUUUUGUUGAAGAGUGAUGGGACUAAGUUUGGGAAGUCUGAAGAUGGUGCAAUUUGGUUGUCACCGUCGGUUUUGUCACCUUAUAAGUUUUAUCAGUAUUUUUUUUCUGUUCCGGAUGUGGAUGUUGUGAGGUUUCUUAAGAUUCUUACGUUUUUGAAUUUGGAGGAGAUUAAAGAGGUGGAAGAAGGAAUGAAGAAGCCUGGGUAUGUUCCGAAUUCUGCACAGAGAAGACUCGCGGAAGAGGUUACGCGUUUUGUUCAUGGUGAAGAGGGUUUGCAGGAGGCUUUGAAGGCAACUGAAGCAUUGAAACCUGGAGCAGAGACUAAGCUAGAUUGGAAGACUAUUGAGGGGAUUGCUAAAGAUGUACCGUCAUGUUAUUUGAGUUAUGAUGAAGUCUUGAAUGCAUCUGUGAUUAAUCUCUCGGUUACUACUGGUUUGUUUGAGAGUAAAUCUUCUGUGCGCCGUAUGUUAAAGUCUGGUGGGCUUUACUUGAACAAUGCCAGAGUUAGUGAGGAUAAGUGUAUUGAAGCCGGAGAUAUUAUUGAUGGUAAAAUCCUUCUGCUAUCUUCUGGGAAGAAGAACAAGAUGGUCGUAAGGAUAUCUUAAUCUUACUAUUGCUUAGUUUUAUCCAUUUGAUUUAUAGAAUUAAAUUUUCUCAUUUUUGUAGUGUUUAUAUAGCCCUUGUUUUUACUCAGUUCUUUAAUUUUUCGGGUGGAAAACCUGUCUAUGUACUAUGUUUUCUGUUGCCUACGGAACCAAGUCUUUACAUGAGCAGCGGAGCACAGUUUAAACCAAAAUGCUGUCGUGAGGUUGGGCUUAUAAGUUAAGGUACAUCAGGUGAACUAAGUAAACUAGGUUGCAAGGCAGCAGUUACUUCUUGCAGAGUUGCAGUGAGGCAACGUUUUAAUGUUCCUCGUAAGCUUAUAAGUCCUUAUUUUCAUUUCAAAGUACAAUAGGCAAUAUCAGUUUACACCACUAUAAUAUCAAAAUGAUUGAUGUUUUAUUCAACUUUCUGGAAUUGUUGUACCUUCAUCUUUGGAUCAUUUGUUUUUAUUCAGCAGAACCAUGCUUAGUGAUAACGAUGUAUCAGAAUCGGUAGCUGUCUCUUAUAGAAUGCUGUUAAUCUGUUGCAGU